CCCAGCGUGAUAAGCGUAAACAGGAAGUUACGUGCUGGAGUGGGCGGUCCUUCCUUUUACUGUUUCCACCUGGCCUCGGUAACGGCGGCUCGUGUGUCAGAGGCCGUAAAGCACCGCCAGCGGCAGCCUCCUCUUCCAGCCACAGCACAACACCGAGCAGGGACCGAGCGGGAGCACACAGACAGAGCACAGCACCGAGCACAGCCGCCGCCAUGCCUCAGAACGACUAUAUAGAAUUACAUCGUAAGCGAUAUGGAUAUCGCUUGGAUUACCAUGAAAGAAAGAGAAAGAAGGAAAGCCGAGAGGCUCAUGAACGCUCACAUAAAGCAAAGAAGAUGAUCGGUCUGAAGGCUAAGCUCUACCACAAACAGCGUCAUGCCGAGAAGAUACAAAUGAAGAAAACUAUUAAAAUGCAUGAAAAAAGAAACACCAAACAGAAGAAUGAUGAGAAAACACCUGAAGGAGCUGUUCCAGCUUAUCUGCUUGACAGAGAAGGUCAAACUCGGGCCAAAGUUCUGUCUAAUAUGAUCAAGCAAAAGCGAAAAGAGAAAGCUGGGAAAUGGGAAGUUCCUUUGCCUAAAGUACGUGCUCAAGGUGAAACAGAAGUGCUAAAGGUUAUCCGCACCGGAAAGAGAAAGAAGAAGGCUUGGAAGAGAAUGGUCACCAAAGUCUGUUUUGUCGGUGAUGGUUUUACCCGAAAGCCUCCAAAGUAUGAAAGAUUCAUUAGACCUAUGGGUUUACGUUUUAAGAAGGCACAUGUAACUCAUCCAGAACUUAAAGCCACAUUCUGCCUUCCUAUUCUUGGAGUAAAGAAGAAUCCAUCAUCUCCUCUUUACACAUCUCUUGGUGUCAUUACAAAGGGUACAGUCAUUGAAGUCAAUGUGAGUGAGCUCGGUCUGGUCACACAAGGAGGCAAAGUUAUUUGGGGAAAGUAUGCACAAGUAACAAAUAAUCCUGAGAAUGAUGGCUGCAUUAAUGCAGUAUUGCUUGUGUAAUGAUGACUAUGACUAUUCAACAACGAUAGGGGGAAAACAUAAGGACUUUGAUGUAAGAUGUAUCAUCGAAAGUUAUGCACCAUUUGGUAAAACUGUGGAUUGCAGAAUAAUAAAGUUUAUUUUGUAUUUAUGAA